UGUAAAUGGCCCAGAAGAAGAAGGAGGAAGUUCCAAGCAACUACUCUGUUCUCGCACGUAUAAACCAGCAGGCUUCAUCCGUCGAGGUGGUGCUCGCAGAAUGGACCGCUCCCCACCGACGACCCAGAAUUCUACACUCGGCGAUGGAUUCCACGCCGCCGCCCAGCGCUCUUAGCUUCCACAACUCAAUCCCGGGACGUCAUCGUCCAGUGGUGGCUCGUGAGUUUGUUAUGCUUCUUCUUCUUCUGGGGUUGUCGGCUUCUGGAUUUGGCGCUACUGCAGUUUAUGGCGGCGGCGGCGGCGUGGGGUUCGUGCGGAGGAACGGGACGCAGUUCGUGGUGGACGCCGCGGGCGGCGGCCGAAAGCCGCUGGAAGGGAUUAACGGGUUCAACGCCUACUGGCUCAUGUACAAAGCGUCGUUCCCGGAGGAGAGGUGGAAGGUUCGGGCGGCUUUCCGGGAUGCCGCCGCGCACGGUCUGACCGUCGUCAGGACCUGGGCGUUCAGGGACGGCGGGUUCCGGCCGCUGCAGGCGUCGCCGGGCGUCUACAACGAGGACGUGUUUCAGGGUUUGGAUUAUGUGAUAUCGGAGGCCAACAAAUAUAAGAUCCGUUUGAUUUUGAGUUUGGUGAAUAAUUUCGACAGCUUCGGGGGAAGAAGGCAGUACAUCGAAUGGGCAAGAGAGGCAGGCCAUUGCCUAAGCUCCGACGACGAUUUCUACACCGGUAACAUCACUAAAGAUUACUACAAGAAUCACGUCAAGGCAAUUUUAACCAGAGUGAACAUCAUUAAUGGUCUUUCUUAUAAGGAUGACCCCGCGAUCUUUGCAUGGGAGCUCAUUAAUGAGCCACGCUGUGUGAGUGACCUUUCUGGCAUUACACUACAGGGUUGGAUAGAAGAGAUGGCGGAGUAUGUGAAAUCCAUCGACGACAAUCACAUGCUUGAGGUGGGUCUCGAGGGGUUCUACGGGCAGUCGACUCCAAAUAGGAAAAAAUUCAACCUCAUCUACGAUAUGGGCACCGACUUCAUCAGUAAUAAUCUAGUCAAGGGAAUCGAUUUCGCCACCGUCCAUGUUUACCCCGAUGAAUGGAUGCCGUGGUCGACGAACCAAACCCAGAUGGCGUUUCUCGACGGCUGGCUCCGGUCCCACAUCGCCGACGCCGACGCCGUCCUCUCGAUGCCCCUCCUCGUCUCCGAGUUCGGCAAGAAGCACUCCCCCGCUAGUUCCUCGUCCAGCAACGGGCGGCGGCGCAGCCGGAGGAACGCCGUGGGCGACGAGCGACAGAGUGUGUACGCCUCCGUGUACGACGCCGUGUACGCCUCGGCGAGCGGCGGCGGAUCAUGCCGCGGCGGACUCUUCUGGCAGCUCCUGCUCGGGGAGGAGGCCAUGGACGACAUGAGGGACGGGUACGAGGUGGUCUUCUCGGAGAGCCCUUUCCUCGAACACCUCAUCGACAUGCAGUCCCGCCGGCUCAACAAUCUAAGCGAUUAUCGUCCUUCGUUGAUUGAUAGCUAUUGAAUUGAAUUGAUAUUUUUUUGCAGAUUUAAUUGGUUUUUGGGAAUAUUAAUUGUGAAGAUUUAUUGUUUAUCGAUUAUAUAUACCUGUAAAACCAACACAAUAAUGAGAGGUGUUUUUU